AUGUCUCCUGACCAGUUCAACUACUACAUAUUCUACCAUGGGGCGUACCCGCUGUGGAAGUACUUGAAGCUCGUACUGGACAUCGACAUCGUGGACGUGUGCGCUUACGUCGCGAAGGAAGAGCCGGUGCUACACAGCAAGAAGGUCGCGAAGCUCGCGGCGCGGAUCACGACGGAAGACACCGAGCCGCUUGGGCGCGCUUUUAACGACGAUGUGGUCUUUCUGCUGAACAGCAUCAACACGGUGUUCAACGCGCUCAGAUGCGGCGUCGAGCGUGACGGCGAGAAGGUUUUGGCCACUUACAAGUUUGAUUUGGACGCGACGACCAACCAUAUCCGCCUCGACACGGGAAAGGCGCUCGAUGAGCACCGCAUCGCGAUCGUGCGAAUUUGA